CCAUUUUCCCACUUCUCUCAUCCUUCUAGCUGUCAGUCUACAGAAGGUGACUGAGUGGGGGAUGUUUGUUUUGACCAGGAGACUGUGCUUUUUAAAAUACUUUAAUUAAAGAAUUCCACUGUGAUGUUUUGACUGGGAAAGUUGGAUGUGCACAAGAGGAGGAAGGCCUCUCUGACGCUGACAGGGGAGUGAGGGUGUGUGGCAUGAGGAGGGGGGGCUCAAUAACAUUCUCUUUUUAAACAAGCUGCCCAGUUGGCGUGGACAGCAUCAGACCAUACCCUAACAGCAAGGACCUUCAUCCAGACGCGCUGACCAGCGAAGUCAGUCCAUGGUUUCAAACCUAGAGUGAUGGAGUUCUGGUCUGGUAGUCAGGGGCAACCGCCCCAGUAUGCCAAAUUUGGGACUGUUCCUGGACGGCACUUUGCACAUGCAUAUCAGGACAAGCAUCAGGCAGCAGAUUUUCAAUCGUACCUUUGUGAGCGGCAAGACCGGGGCAGGGAGCCCAGCUGUUGGACAGUACCAGGUUCUAGGACCGGAGGGGUCCUACAGGACUAUACCAACUGGACUGAUCAAGACCUGUCACCCUCUGCCCCUCAUUUCCCCUUUGCUCUAGACAGCCAGCCUCGACAGCUUCACGGUUUAAGGGACUAUCAGGCUCAAGAGAAAAGAGAGAGAGAAUGGCUGGUGGGAGAGGCUCAUAGAGCAGCAGCUAGGGAGAGGGAAAGGGAGUGUGAGAGGAGGAUGCAGAGGGAGGGGUUGCAGAGGAGGUGGGAGCCCUGUAGUCCUGUCCGCUACAGGAGAGAGCCAGCCAAGAGGAGUUUGAGCGACACUAGCUAUCGGGAGCUGGAGGCCUGGGCGGCGCGCUACAGCCACUCACUCCCCAGGAAGAGACGCCUGGAGGCAGGGCUAUGGGGAGCCCAGGGGCCGCAGGAGAGUGAGAGAGUGCUGGAGAAAGAUACAUGGGGCAACAGAGGUGGAACAGAACACAGAGCAAGUGCAAUACAUCUGGCGGGACUACCUCAGCCGAGAGAAUGGGGACAGUGGGAGAGAAGGGACACACAGAAAACAAUGUCCCACUGCUUGUCUCAGCCUGUUAUUCCUGAUACAACAUACCCAUCAGACACCAAGGAGAAUGAGACAAGCUACCAGAAGAGGGUGUUUAGUCAACCUCCAGGCUACAUUCCACCUCCGCCUUAUAACGCCCCACAUAACAUUUCACCAGUAAUGCAACAUGCUGAGAAAUAUACCACUAAAAAAGCAGUGGCUUCUGUGUACGCAGGGUGGAAUCAGGGAGCUAGCAGACACGAAUACUGCACACUGCCUACUCCAAGGAAGCAAGACUACUCUGUACUAGACUUUCAUAGGGAGAGGGGAGGGGGAGAUAAGUUUACAAAAGAGGAUUGGAAGCAGAGGACCUGGUCUGAUCCUGGAGGGCAUAGGCAGCAAGGACAUGCUGUAGUUGGUCAAUGGACAGGCUCUUCUCCCCAUCCACAGAACAUCCGAUCUGAUAGCCUCUCACCUCUGCUGCAGUCCCCACAACAGCCUCAGACGUCCAACAUCUGUGAGAUGGCCAACCUCAGUGCCACCAUGGAAAGGAAAGUCAGUCUAAAGAAAAGCAGAGGAGGGGAGACCAUAUUUUGCUUGGUGUCUCGCAUGGGUGGAGCGGCAGGGUUGUCAAGUUCUCCUGAAGAACCACUAAAAACCCUUUCCCUGCCUCUCUUCACCACCUCACCUCUUACAACUGUGUCAAACACUGAGGUAAGCGGGGUAUCUAGAGGCCUAGAGGAGUGUGGUGACAUUAAUGAAUCGCAUAAGCUUGCAGAUGAAGUUGAUUCAGCUGUGCCAUCACUCCAGCAUGAGUCCAGUGCUCCAGCCCAGACCCCUGCCUACAAAAGAGACAGCAAUUUCAAACCUAAACUGAAGGGGGCACUAGAAUGGAUGGGAAGUGAGCAAGUAGCAGCCCACAGGGAGGAGCUUCUCAGGGCCAUUCAGAGCAGACCAAGACUUCAAGGAGAAGACAGAGACUGUCAAAGCCUGCCCAGUACGACGGACAGUGAAGUUGCUUUGCCAGAAGGCACCCAGGUUGGUGCUUCAUCCCCUGUAUCCAGGAGAAAAGGGAUGCAGACAUUGGCUCCUGUGUCAGUCAAGUAUCCCUUAUGGAGGGAGCCCAGUUACAUGGGCCGAGUCAAGAGUGACAAUCCCUCACCUUGCUAUUUGAAGGGUACAUGGAAGGAGGGCGAACCAGGUAAGGAUCUGAAUGACGAUCGUACAGGAAAUAGCCCUGAUCAUGGCAAUCAUCCCCUUGAUGUUGAAGUGAGGCGAUUGGAGUUCAAGAGAGACACAGAGUCUGACGGCAGCAGUGGUCUUUUGGUCAUCGACGCAACUUGUGUUGUAGUCAGAGUGGAGUUCAUUUUCCCUCCUAAAAAAGAACAUGUCCAGUAUUUGUGCUCACCAACUCCUAGUGACCCAGCUGAGCCUGGUCUAGACCCAAGCUCCCCUAUCGACCUUAACCCAAUACAUAACCAAGUCAAGGAAAAUACUUCACCUGAACGGAGCACUGAUAUAUCAGCCCAGGUCUGCCCCCUGUUAGAUAGUGAAGAGCCUGUGAUUGAUUUUAAAAAGCUAGAUGUAGAAGAGCAUGUGGAUAAAGAUCAACAUACUCCCUCUGACAUACCUUUCACUGAAAUGCACUUACCUCAGCAGAGAGAGGAGACAAGCCAACUCCCUGAAUCGCUCUGGCUCUCGCCCUCACCUUCAAUCCCUGACAAUAAGACAUUGGAGGAGCGUGCUGAAAGGAUUUUGGGGAUCCCUCUUCUGAGUUCUAGCGUUCUGGAUCAAACAGAGGAGGAUGAGUCGCCACAGCCAAACAAUGACAACAAUGACUCCAUUGAGGUCCUUCCCAUGAUUACUCUGGAGGAGUCAGUGUCAGAGGCAUCACCUGAGAUUGGUCAAGCUAAAGAUGACAUUUCAGUUACAGAGGCUGGUGUCACUUUAGAUGCCCAGUCUUCACCAGACAUAAUUGUAGAGUCCAAGAUGGAGGUGAGAGAACAGACAUGUGAUUUCUCAGUGCAGAAUUCCAGUGAUGGUCUGCCUGACAUACAGGUAAUGUAUUCGCAGAAGACAGAUACCACAAAUGUGCCCCCAUUCAAACACUGCCUUCAGUUCAGCCCGGAGGCAGGUGAAAUUGGUGAUGCUGUUUUUUCCCCACCCAUCUCUCAGUGCCUCAACCCACAGCAAAGUUACCCUGAUUCUCCCCCACACUCACCUUUAAAUAUUACUUCCCCCUCUAAUUCAAGAUCCUCAUCUCCCUCUCAUCACUUCUUGACUUUACCCUCCCAGUUUACUUCUCAAUCUGCUCCUCCUGAAUCUAACACAGAUCCCCUCUGUCUUCCUGAGGAAGUGCUACUCUCUCCAUCAGAUAUAAGCUUACCUCUUCACCCUGAUCCCCCUCCCUCUCCCUCGGUCCCACUCUCCCCCUCUAGAUCUCCCUCUCUCUCAAUCCCCCUCUCCCCCUCUAGAUCUCCACCUCCCUCUCUCUCAGUCCCACUCCCGCCCUCUAGAUCUCCCCCUCCCUCUCUCUCAAGUCCAGAGAUACUGGUCAAGUCCUUUACCCAUGUCCUGUCCUCAUCUACCACACCCACCACACAUAGAGAGGGGCCCGAAUACCCAAAGUCCCUCUGGGAUGCAGUGAAAUGCAUCCGGAAGCACACAGCACCUGAUUCAGAGAAUGAGGAGGAGGAGGGAGGUGAUCUGUGGGAUCCAGAGAGUGCGGGUGAGGAUGGUGCUCCACUAGAUGAAGAGUUUGAUUUGGGCAUGGGGAAUAUGUUGUUCCAGAGUAGUGAUAACCUGAGACAGGGGAUCAUUUUCAGCUCUGGGGGAAGUUCCCUUGAAGUAGCAAAUGACUUAGAGGUGCAAAGGGAUCACAAAGAGGAACACAUUUUGGUAACGGAUGAAAAAUGCAGUGAGAAGGAGCCCAGCAGACCGGCUGAAGAUGACACACACUCCUGCAGCAGCACAGACAGCCACGGCUCAGGGGACACGGUCAUCAUGGGGGCCGAGGGAUUGUCUGACUCUGAGACAGAGACUGAGACUGACGAGGAGACAGAUUGUGAAGCUGAGCUCGUCAGUGAGAAGCCUGACACCAACGUGGAGCACCGUGUUACUGAGGGAGAGGAAUGGAGCUGCACUGUGAGGCCAAAAAGCUAUGUUGUAGUGGAGGAGGAGCGAGAAGAUGAGAGAGAUGGGGAGGUGAGGGACACAGAUGAGCCUUGUCAAAACGAGGGCUAUCUGUCUGAGAUACAGGCGACAACACAACAAAUUGAGGACAGGGAUAUGGUAAACUGUCAGAAAGCAGGGGAAGGGCGAAGCUCUGAGGGGGAGGAGAGCAGAGGUUUGGUCAAUGUAACCACGUCUGAAAGGUUCUCUGGUGGGGUUAUGGGUGAUGAGGGUCAGUGUGGAUGCGUGACAGUAGAGGGGCUAGAGGAGAGUGCUAAUGGGCAACACCAUAACAAUGGUGAAACAGUUUACAGUAGUCAAUGCACUGAGGUGGUGGAAAGUGUUGAGGAAAUGUGUAGCAGCAAUGUGACAUCAGAAAAUAUCUUUUUGGAUGAUAAAUCCUGUGACUCCUCCUUAAUGGAGGAGUCCUCUCAGGAGGAUAUUCCCUGUCAGUCAAGUCAAUAA